AUGCAAAAACAUUUGAAUGAAAUCAACAAGAAAAUUAUGGACAUUAAAGAUGACAUUGAUUUAUUUGAUGCAUGCAUUGCUGAACACACCAAUGACAUUGCGAGAUUAAUAAGUGUAACACCAAAGACGGAUCAAUAUCAGAAGCUUCCACAAAAACUUGUACCCUCACUACCUCAAUUCAUUCCAAAUACUAUUCAAGACGAAACAUUAAGUUAUCAAUUAGGAAGCAUAUCACCAUUUUCAUUUAUAUCAGAAGAGUAUGGUUACAUAUUCAAACCAAGGCAAGAAAUGCAAAAAGCCGGUUCCUCUCGGUUAACUAAAACGAAAUCACCAGAUGUUGUAUUCCAUCAGGUUUACAUCGAUAUUUUCCAUCUUACAAAUAAUCCUCAAAAUAUUUCCUGUCUUGGUGAUGAUAAAUUGUGGAUAUGUGAUGAAAGCAAUAUUAUUGAACUUUACGUUGUAAAAGAUCAUAUACAAGACCGGUUUAUCAAAACGAAGGCAAGGACCAUACCAGAAGACAUAGCAGUGUUAAGAAGCGAAGACUUAGUUUAUACUGAUGGCUUGUAUAAAACAAUAAACAUCGUUAAGAAUGACGAGAUACAGGAGUUGAUCAGACUUCAGUACUGGAAACCUCGUUAUGUCUGCAGCACUUUCUCUGUUGACAUUCUGGUUACUAUGGGAAGUGAUGACAACAAACAAACAAAAGUUGUUCGAUACACUGACUUCACAGAAAAUCAAACCAUUCAAUUUGAUGAUGAGGGUAAACCACUAUAUUCCUCUGGUGGUCCUAGGCGAUACAUGAACAUAUGUGAAAAUAGGAAUCUGGAUGUAUGUGUAGCUGACUAUCACGCUAAAGCAAUAGUGGUGGUCAAUCGGGCCGGGAAACUGAGAUUCAGAUAUAUUGGACAUACUCCUGCUCCUAGGAAUAAACCAUUUUGUCCACAAGGAAUCACUACAGACAGUGAGAGUCACAUCCUUACAACUGAUUAUGAUAAUCGAUGUGUCCAUAUCAUUGACAAAGAUGGACAGUUUCUUCAUUAUCUGAUCCUUGGAAAGAAUAAACCGUAUAGAAUCUGUAUAGAUAAUGUUGACAAUCUUUUCGUUAUUUCCAAAGAAAAAGACAAAGAGAGGGACGAAUGGUAUUGCACUCACAGUUGUGUUAUGAAAAUCAAAUAUAUGUGGUGA